CUCAUUCGGCGUGUUUACAAAAAUUUUCCACAUCAAGGGCAUCAAUAAAAAUGAGUUUUUUACGAAGCACAGGAAAAUGGUUAAUAGCAGGAAUAUUACCUCUGCACUCUGAUGAACAUGACAAGGUUUCCAAAGACACCAGAACAUACAAAUCGUUUGUGCAACGGCCGCCUUCAAAUGAAAGUGGUUGGGAAAGAGUCAAAGAAGUAUUCCAAGUGGAUGAAUUUGGGGCCAUUUCGACCGAGUUAAAUUCAAUAUAUCAAGCCGGUUUCUUGGGUUUCUUAGUGGGUGCCAUCUAUGGCGGUAUUAUACAAUCACGUCAGGCAUACAUGAAUUUUAUGGAAAAUAAUCAAGCUACAGCUUUUAGAUCUCAUUUGGAUGCCAAGAGGAAACUACAAGAUGAAUUUACAAUGAAUUUUGCCAGGGGAGGUUUUAAAUGGGGUUGGCGCGUUGCUUUAUUUACCACUUCCUACUAUGGUAUUAUUACUUUAGUGUCUGUUUAUAGAGAAAAAUCUUCUAUUUAUGAAUAUUUGGCUGCUGGCACUUUAUCAGGUGCCAUGUACAAAUUUAAUAUGGGUCUGAGAGGUAUGACCGCUGGUGGCAUUAUUGGUGGAGUUUUAGGUGGUGUAGGUGGAGCCGCAUCUUUGUUAAUUUUAAAUUUGUCGGGCACUUCAAUGGAAGAGGUUCGUUACUGGCAAUAUAAAUGGCGUGCAAAUCGCGAUGAUGCCAUUGCUGAAUCUUAUAAGCUGGCAGCCGAAAAAGAUGAACCUACACCCGAACUUUUGAAAUCUCACGAUGCAAAAGUUGGUGAAAAAAUUACAUUAGAAAAUGUUAAAUAAAUAAUGGACUAUUUAUUUUUUAUUAGUUUUUUAGAAUAAUAAAGUAAAAUCAUAUUUUUCAUAGAA